UUGACACAGAUAUACACACAAAAAAAAACUGUAAAAAUCUGCAGUUUCUCUGCAAAAAACCUGCAGAGGAACUGCAAAGAAACUGUAAAGACUUUUUUGCAGAUCUGCAUCAGAUCUUUGGUCAAAUUUUGGCACAUCUGCAAUGCAGAUCUGCUUCAAAUCUGUAGACACCCUUUGCAGAAUCUGCAAAGUUACUGCAAAGAUUUUAGCAGAUUUAUGUUGCAGAAAAAUCACCUGGGCACCGGACUUCGAAAUUUUCAAAUGGAAUUAGAGUCUGGGGGAUCCCCCAGACUCUAAUUGCAUUUGAAAAUUUCGAAGUCCGGUGAUAUGCAAUCGAAACUAAAUGGCAUUUUAUGCGCGGCUUAUAGCGACCUCGCUAGUCACUCAAUACAUUUGUGCAUACGUGAUAACAGCUAUAUAUAACUCCCGCGAUAUCCUUGAAUUUGUAACGUUCAGUUUUAGUCUUAAAGACUGCACAUGUGUUGAGCAGCAAGUUAAGAAGGGUCAAAAGUAUAUUUUCAUUGGUUUUCUUUCAUCGGGGCUUUAACUUUUUCUGACAUAAAUAGUCACAGUUAGCUGUGACUAUUUAUGUCAAGUGCAACUUAACUUUUCAUAGCCUAACAAGACAAACUUAAGUUACACACGUUUACUAUACAGCGUAAACACGAACCGUAAAACUACUUUCUCUCAUAUGGUGAAAUACAGACCAUUUACUGCUAGUAUUUUUACCGUUUGCGAAAAUACACUGUUUUCCCAUCGUUUACCGCCGUAAACGGUAUUUGUUUUGACCGAUCUGGAUAUUUGUUUAAUACUUUUUAGAAAGGAAAUAAUAUUUAAAGGUCAAACUAUAGAAUUGUUUCUUUCUUGAGCCGGGUUAGCUACUGACAAAUAGCAGUCUUAUGUGAGAUGAGAAUGUGUUAUGAAAUUGUCUCUUCAGAGGCUAAUGGUCCAGUACUCGUUAUAGUACAUUUUAUUGGUAAAUUAUCUUAAUUUCAAUUGAAUUAAGUGCAAGACACUAGUAUAUCUGAUUUCUAAAUUUGAAUACUCUAAUGAAGAAAUUGUGAGUUUUCUGUCAGAAAAAGUCUUUCAUCAUAAUGAUGCAAUUCCCUGAAUUAUACAGUCUCCUAUAUAGCAAAGAGUUCACGCGGUUUUUCGAGUAGAGUUGUACUAAUGUUUCAGUUUUCAGAUACGUUUCAUGGCUCGUAAUAAAGAAAAACACGUUAUCGGUUUAAAUCGCCUAUAUCUCUCCCAGGCUGAAGAACGUAUGUAAAGAACAUUCUGCUCUUUUACUUCUACGUGUUCAGUUGUCCUUUUCUUCUCAGGAGCCAAAGCACGCAAUCCUGCAAGACCAAAUCUAGUCAGUGGAUCGAUACAUCUUAGAAUUAUAAGAAAUUUUUCUACCUGCUCUAUUUUAGGCUCUACUUAAUAGUGUUUCUGAAAUUCGUCGCUGGUUGCCGUCAAUUGUACGAGAUAUUGAUAUUAAUUUAGCACAAACGAUUGUUCCAUGCUACACUGAUGAGAAAGUUUCUCAAAUAUAUGAUAAAGUAUCAAAAUUAGAAUAUGAACAUAAAUGUUAUAAACGAAAAUUAGCUCAAUUAGAAUUAAAAGAAAAAUAUGAGACUGAAAACGACAAACUGUUUAGUUUAGAUAUUUCACAUAGAGUUGCAAAUGUUACACAAGCACAACCGUACAAAAAGAAAACGAUCGUAGCUGCUAACAGUUCUUUGGAUGAAUUUCUUACUAAACCAUUUGAACUACCGUUAUUAGCAAAAGAAGAAUAUCGUCCGACAGAAAAAAAAAUGUUUAUAGAUAUAGGAGUGAAUGAUGAACCAUUAGAUUCGACUAAUAACGUAUUAAAUACAUCUACAUUAGUUGAUUACUCGGAUGAUACAGACGAUGAUAAUUAG